CCGCUUUAAACUAAGUUCCUCUAUCAAUUUGCUUGUUUUAAUUCCAUCUACUUAGUAGUAUGACGAUGAAACGAAAGAAGAGCGCUGUCUUGAUAGAUUCUGACAGCGAUGAAAGUGACAGUGGAGAUGAUUUAGAAGCUGAUUUCCGAGCUCUUGCUAAAAGAAAACGACCAGAAUCAGAAUCCCAGUCAGAGCCCGUCAAAGCACCUCCUGUGGCUAAUUCAGAUUCUGAAACCUCAGAGAGUGAUGAUGAGUGGAGAGCUGAUGGGAAGACACCCAAAAAGAAAAAGGCCAAGCCUGUUAAGAAGCCAAACAAAAAGUCAGCAGUAUCAUCAUCAGAGAGUGACGCAGACAGUGACAAAAAUCAGUCUGAGCCAGAAGAGGGUGAGGUUUCAGACUCUGGCAGCAGCACUGGCUCUGAUGGAGAGUCAGAAGAUGACGAGAAGUUUAAUGAUGGCUAUGAUGAGAAUCUAAUCGGUGAUGAAGAGGACAGGAAGAUGCUGGAGCAGAUGACAGAGAAGGAGAGAGAACAGGAAAUCUUCAACCGAAUAGAGAAGCGUGAAGUGCUGAAAACAAGAUUUGAAAUCGAAAAGAAAUUACGCCAAGCGAAGAAGAAAGAACAAAAAAAGAAAGGAAAGGUGCAUGAUAUAAACCACAAAACUGUGAUGCAGAGAAGCAAGGAAAGACGGAAACAAAUGGAAGACAAAAAAGACAGCAAAAUGUCUGCUUUAAAAGAUCUGAAAGCCAAAAGGGAGGAGAAAAUCAAGAAAGAAAUCCAGCAGAAAGAGCAACAAGACAAAAAGAAGCCCCUGAAUGCUUCAGACAUUUACUCUGAUGACGAUGAUGAUGACGAGAAUGAAAAUGAUGACAAAAGUGACAAGGAGGAGUCAAAGAAGGAGUAUGACCGUGAGAGCAAACAAGACUCAGACACUGAUGGAAGUGAUCAGUCUUCAUCAGGCUCUGAGUCUGAUGGAGAUGACUCACCAAGAGAAUCUCGUCCAAGAAGACCACAGUUUAUUACUCAGAAGGAAGAACUAAGUAAAAUACGCUUAUCUCGGCACAAACUGGAAAGAUGGUGUCAUAUGCCCUUCUUCAAACCCACAGUCAUGGGCUGUUAUGUGAGAAUAGGGAUUGGUAAUCAUGAUGGAAGGCCAGUAUAUCGGGUAGCAGAAAUAAUAGAUGUUUUAGAAACGGCCAAAAUAUAUCAACUGGGAAGCACAAGGACAAACAAAGGGCUAAAAUUAAGGCACGGCAAUGCAGAGCGAGUGUACAGGUUAGAGUUUGUGUCAAAUCAGGACUUCACAGACACUGAGUUUCAGAAGUGGAAGGAGGUGAUGAUGUUAGGAGGUAAUGAGUUACCUACCUUGGAUGAGGUGGACAAGAAACUAAAGGACAUUCAACAGGCUCAGACCUAUAGCUUCAACGAAAAGGACAUUGAGUCAAUAGUCGCAGAAAAACAGAAAUUUAAGAAAAAUCCACACAAUUAUGCCAUGGUUAAAACAAGGCUACUUAAAGAGAAGGAAAUGGCAGAGGUAGAAGGCGACGAGGAUAAGCUGAAACAGAAGCUGGAAGAGUUGGAACAGUUAGAGGAGAGAGCUACAGAGCUGGAUCGACGAAGGACCAGCAAUAUCAACUCUAUCAGCUACAUCAACCAAAGGAACAGGCUACGUAACAUCAUAGACGCUGAGAAUGCCUGCAAAGUUGAAGUGGCUGAAGCAAAGAAUGCAAAGGCGGAUCCGUUCACACGGAGGGCGUGUCGGCCAACGCUAGUCACCAAAACAAGGGAAGCUCAGGAUGCUGAACUGAGUUUCAAAUUAGAACAAGAAGCUAAGCGCAAAAGAGAAGCUUUGCAGACAAUGGAAUCGACUGUUACAUCAGGAGGGAUUGUUCCGAUGGACACAACAGAUUCUGACCCUCACAAGGAUGCCAACUCUGGGGGACACGCUUCAGGGGAAAGAUCAGCUGAUCUGUUUGCAGUCCAUGAUUUCGAUAUUAAAAUUGAUUUAGACGUCCCAGCCAGUUCUGGUUCCAUGGUCGUUAAUCGACCAAACCAGGGUGGGCGUGAUGGAGCACCCAAGAGAUCUCUAAACCUGGCAGAUUACAAGAAGAGGAGAGGCUUGAUAUGAGACCUGACCAGUAUGCAGACUUGGCAUUGUCAGCGGUGGAAAUCCCACGUCAAUCAUCCUGUGACGGGAUUCUCCAUACAGUGUCUGUGUUUGGUGGAUAAUCAAGUGUUCUGUUUGUUUUCUGUAUUGUACACCUUUCUUGUGAGAUAUCCACGAGCUCUGGUACACGUAUCCUGUGCUCACAGGGUCUAGUGUCUUCAGUGACCAGUAAGCAUGAAAAUGGGCAGCAGAUCAAAUACCAGGACUGGCUUAUAGUCCAGGAAUUCAAAGUGUUAGGAUUUAGAAAGGCCAGCAGAAAACCACGUUCAAAACCAAAGCAGUGGUACUAACGGGGAUCUUACAAAUGGGUUCAUCAUACCAGCAGCUUCCUAACACUCUGUUGUACACUAUUUACAAAGAAAGUAGGGGAUAUUCAGUAUAAAUGAGCUUUGUUUAUAUUAAUUUCAGUGUCUUUCAUUUGAAAAACAGUUUAUCAAUAACAGACGCAUGAGAUGAACGACAUAUGGACAAAUUUCAGUCAUGAUGUAAUGGAUUAACUUUACAGAAAUGAACUGACAAAUUUGAAUGCAAAUUUCCAAGUCCAAACCAAUCAGAUUCUGUAAAUAUCGCCAUAAUCUGGAACAUCCCCGACUUUUUCUUGUGAAUAGCAUGCUGUCAGAUUGGGUAUGGUGUCAAAUUAAGACAUUUCUUGUUAUGCCUGUACAUACUACAUACAUGAAUUUUCACUUGCAUUGUUUCUCUUUCAAUUCAUACUGUUAUUUCUCCUUGAUGGUGGCCAUCUACUGCAAAGGCCGUGUGUUGAUCAGAUUUGUACAUAACUACCUAGUAUUAGUUAUGUCCCUGUUAAUAAUACCAGCCUUUGUACAAUUUCCCCUGAAUAUCUGAACAUGAAUGUAUUUUCAUCCAGUUUUCUAUUUAUGAAUUAUCCACAAAGUUAUACACAUCCCAGGCAUGCUUGGAUGGAGUAUGUGUAAUAGCCACUUUGUAUGAACUGAUCAGUUCGUGAACAUUACCUACAUCUCAUUUCCACUGUCCACAACAGAUCAUGACAGUUAAUUGUUUGAAUGUUUCUGAGUACUUGGAUAAUUGAGGACCCUCACAAUACGAAGCUUUUGAGUGUGACAUUACUUUAGCUUGACAUUGUUGCUUUAUAGCAUGUUGGGGCAAAUCAGUGCAUUUCAGCAUGGGCAGCCAUGUUGGGGCAAAUCAACACAUUUCAGCAUGGGCAGCCAUGUUGGGGCAAAUCAACGCAUUUCAGCAUGGGCAGCCAUGUUGGGGCACAUCAGUGCAUUUCAGCAUGGGCAACCAUGUUGGGGCAAAUCAGUUCAUUUUAGCAUGGGCAGCCAUGUUUUUGCUGCAGAUCAGUGCAUUUCAGCAUGGUUAGAUUUAGUCGAAGUAUAUCACCUGAAAUCCCACCCCACAAAGGGACACUGACCAAAAUAUUGUAAUGUCACACUCAAAACUGCAUAUUGAAUCAGUCGCUGACUGAGAUUCUUAAGAGCUGAAGUUAUGUUAGCUUAAGUAAGAAUUGAUGGAGACACAAUAAUGUUUGAUUCCAUUUGGGACGAAAACAGCCCAACUUUAAGUUUGACUUGAACACAUGUGCAGCCAUAUGUUGCUAGUCCAGGUGUUCAUACUAUUGCAAUCCCAAGACUUCAUGAUAUACAAUGAAAUAUUCAGGUGAUGUAGAAAAAUUGCAAUUUGUUGAGAAUUAUUAACACUAAAUACCAAAGGUGAUUUAGGGUUGUUUAUUGAGGAUGUUAUUUUGAAUUUUCUCAUGAAUUUUAAUUUAUUCAUUUGGCCCCCGAGCACUGGAAUGGUGGGUGAGAAUGUUUGUCUCAUUGUCCAGGUCAAAAGUAACAGUAUUCGUGAUAGGAAAUAUGUUAUCAUCGGAAACAAAACUCUAGCAAACCUGUCAGUCAAGGGAUAAACCUGUACUUAGGAUCUGAUAAGUCUCAGACACCACACCAUUGUCAAGCCCAUGAUUGGAGGGAGAAUUCAUAUUGACGAGGAGGAGAAGGGGUCUGUAUUUACUUGUCUAACUAACAAACUGAGUUUAAGAGGGGACCCCUUCCAUUACCCCCCCCCCCCCCCAUCCCCACUCCACCCCACCACCCUACCACCACCAC